AUGUCUGCGAACAAUAUCUGUGGCCAGAGCCAUGGCUCCGGCUCGUUAGAUACUGGAUCGUCCAACAUCUUAGAGGAUCGCGGUCAAACGUCUGUCGACAGAACAACUUCACCGAUGGGUCAUCGCGAAGAAAUACUCACUCUGCUCGAAAGACCUCGAGAUGUCCUCAUGGAGAUGGCUCAAGUGGGCCGCGUCAGGCUCGGUGUGCUCCAGGUGAUGGUUUCUUUCAACGUCGCGUCUACCGUACCAAUCGGCGGCUCUCGCGCCCUCGGUGAUAUAUCGGCGCUUCUCGGGAUUGAACUUCCCAUCCUCGAACGAAUUUUUCGAUUCGCCUUUUGUUCGAGCAUUUUCCAGGAAACAGCCCCCGGAUCCGGCGUGGUUAUGCAUACUGAACUUUCCAAAGCCAUGGUAGAACACGCGGAUUGGCUUCGAUUGGUGCUCUCACGCGAGAUCAUGCACCCGAGCUUCAGACUGGUCGAUGUCUUAUCGAUGGACAAGUCAACCCAACCCCGACCGACGGCGGCCGAACUCACUUUCGGUCGCAGCUUUUGGGACGAGCUAGGAUCUCCUACCAGUUCCUUGAGCCUGCAAGCAUUUCAUGCCGGGCUCGUGUCGAUGUUGAGUCCGGACCACACCGUGACUAUGUUCCCGGGCCACGAACUGGGUAACAUGCUGGUGGUUGACGUGGGGGGAGGUUGGGGUCAGUUUGCCAUAGACGCAGCGCGGAUGUACGGCAACUUGAGCUUCUUGGUGCAAGAUUUAGCCGAACAGAGGGACCUCGCCGAGGAAAAGAUUCCGAGUGAACUGCGAAACCGGGUACGCUUCUCGGUUCACGACUUCUUCCAGCCGCAACCCGUGGUGACGGAGGGGCCUGUGUGCUAUUUCUUGAGGAGGGUGCUACACGAUUGGAAUGACAUUGAUUGCGUCAGGAUCCUUCAGAAUCUGCGCCCCGGACUGCAGAGACCGGGAAGCAAGCUCUUCAUUGCCGAAUUUGUGCUGCCAGAUGUCCUAGCGGGCCCCAGAGUCACCCCAGCCGAAGAAUCUGUGGCGCGAGCCAUGGACUUGACCAUGUUGUCUCUUUUCUUCUCCAAAGAGAGGACAAUUACCGACUUUCAGUCGAUGCUGCAUGACGUCGAUCCUCGACUAAACGUCCAAUGGACGAGGAAGGACCCUGACUCACCUAUGAUACUCUUGGAGGCGGCGAUGUCGCAGGGAUGA